UUUUGUAGUAUUCUUUUACAUUGCUGCUGCUGUUUAUUGGUGAAAUGGCCCUGACAGUGUUUGCCUUUGUAUUUCCUAAUCAAUUUAUCAAUAUCGUAAAAGAAGGUUUAUCUAAGGAACCCAUUGUUAAAUACAGGGAUGAUACCAACCUGCAAAAUGUCAUUGAUGCCUUUCAAACAGAGUUUCAGUGUUGUGGAAUAUCUGAUCAAGGAUAUAAGGAUUGGUCAAAAAACAUUUACUUCAACUGCAGUGUACAAAAUUUGAGUCCUGAAAGAUGUGCUGUCCCUUACUCAUGUUGUAAAAAUCCUCAUAAUAUUGAGAGUGGAUUAAUCAAUAUUAUGUGUGGCUAUCAAAUGCAAAAUGCGUCAUCUGUGACAAAUGCUGCAGAAUUUAUAUUUUCUCGAGGCUGUAUUGAAGCUGUUCAGGAUUAUGUUGUACAUAACCUGCAUCUUGUUGCAGGAAUAUUUCUUGGAGUGUCUUUAAUACAACUAUUUGCUAUGUAUUUAUGCAAAAGUUUGUUAGCACAAAUAAAUGCCCAACUAGCCCAAUGGAGAUGACAUAAUAGAUAAUGAAACAAGUGUGCUAAAAAAUGAAUGUAUGGAUUAUUUUGUUGAAUCUUUUAAAAGUUAUUUUUCCUAUGUAAUAUUAAUUGUGAUCCACUGUUGCUAAGUCAUUUGAGUAACUCGAGGUUUUGUACUUUCAUAUUUUUGUAAAUUUUACUACCGAAAGUAGCAUACCAGUUGAAUACCUGAUAUUAAAAACACUUUACAAGUGCUAUGCUUCUUUGAAAUAAGAAGAGAAAUUUGGUUAAAAGUAUUUUUGACUUGUAAUAUAUAAUUUUUAUAAUGUGGCUAAGAGCUUGAUAAAUUCAUUUUAGAGGAAAUAUUCAGUGAAAUUACUUAAUGUAAUAAGAGUGUCUGUUUCUUGGGUUUUGUUCCAUUGAGGAUAAAGUGUAUAAAAUAUGUGUCAUGAUUAUAUAUUUGUAAUGUUCAUAAUUAUAUAUUUCUAUUUCUUAACACGUUGACUGCCAUGGCACUUUUCGAAUUCUGGUCUGAGAAGCCAAAUCGAUUUAAUCAUAUGUUAUUAAUUUUUAUAAUUAUAUUUUUUGUUCAUUUUUUAAUAAAUUUUCUGUUCGUGCAAGCCAGCAUUGAUUUUUUGUUCUUUUCUCAGAAGCUAUCUAUUGAUAUUAGCACUGAUAUAUUCUGAGUUUAAUCGUAGCUGCACAAAAUUUGCAAGUAAACACAGUACGAUAUAACUCGUAAUUGGCGUCCUAGAAAAGAAUGUAAUCUACAAGUUAUCACAUAGUUGGCAGUCAACAUGUUAAACUGCUCACAUAAUCUGUUCUUUUUCUGCUAAAAACCAAAACAAAGUUCGUGUAUUGAAACCUUUUGUUGUUUAUUGAGAUGGUUUGCAACUUGUAACAUCUUUCCCUAGGUGAGUGCAUUAGAAUUGCUCUCAGUACAAAUCAAGAUUUGAUGUCUCUGUUUCAUGCUCCAUAUCUGAUGUAAAUGCCAUCAUAAUACACACGGUCUUUGAGCUCUAGGGUCUGCAAGAGCUCAGACUAAACUUUGUCCUUUCUUUAUAUUUGGAUCCUCAAAGUUUCCAUCAGUGAAUCUGUUAUACUUGAUUUUUCUCGAAGAUUUUGUGUUCAGCUGUCAGCUUAUGGAAAUCCUUUUCAGUUUAUUAAAAUGCAUUAAUGCUGGAGCCCAUAAACAGAUAGUAAUUGAUAAAUAAUGUUGUGCAUGUAACUAAUUUGUUUCAAGCUUUAGAUGUAGCUUGGAAUUAAACAUUUAAAACACAUUCCAUUCUAUAGUACAAUAAUAAGCUUCUUUGAUCUAAUGAUAUAUUUUUACCUAAUUUACAAUCUAUAGAAUCAUGAUUUUCGAGUGAAAAAAGCAAAAUUCUUUCUUUUUUGAAUUUUCCCAUUAAAACUGUUGUGGGAAUCAGAAUUCCAUACCAACAGUUCUGGUGUUUUGUAAACAUUUUGUUUAGAAUUGGUUUUCAGAACAAGUGACAAUUCCUGUCAUGUAUGAACUGUUUGUGCAAAUUUGGUGGCUGAUUAACUGUUAGUUAUUAUUUUGUGGCGUCAUGACUGAAAGUGAUGUCAAUGCCCCUCUCUUGUCUUUUUUUGUAAACAGACUUGUGGUAUUCCAGUUAGGAGGGCCUAUUCAUAAUAUUCUGGCAGUCAUGGAAUGUUAACAAUAUGAAAUAUUGAGGAUAGGUUCACUACCCUACCCUUAAUGUAGGUGUCCUAGUUCUGUGGCAAGAAGAUUUGCUGGUGAGAAAACUGGCUAUGGUGCUGUGGAUAUAUAGUGGCAAAAAAAAAAUUGACAACUAUAAAGACUCAUGUAACUUGAAUGAUUUUUCAUUCAAGAGCAUGGAACUUACAUGAUAUCUUCGUCUUGCCUGACAUAUCUUUAAUUGCCAAACUGCCAAUUUCUGCAAAAAAUAAAAUAAAACAUGAGAAACGUGAUGUAAAGUGGGGAAGAAAAGAGUUUGUGGUACAACUUUUUAGAAAUAUAUAGUAGUAUUACUGUUUAUAUUUGCAAAGUAAUAAAGCUCAAAUAUUUUAAAUUUAGAGAUGAAAACAUUAUUGAAAUAAAACCACUUAGUGUCCAUUCAGUGUUAUGUUAAAAAUGAACAAUUUGGUUCAUUGGAAGUCUUGUUCAUGGAAAAAGGAGAGUGGUACCGCUUCUGUUCAUCAAGAGACAUGGAGCACCAAAAGGUAGAUAGCUGACUUCGCCUAUUAGAUUUAAAUGGGUAAAGAGGCUUCAUGCCUAGGGUGGCCCUACCAGGAGAAACUCUGAUGUACUUCACUCUUUGUCACCCCCCAGGCCACAUUGAGGCAACUAGUAGGACUUGAGAGGAAAGUCCCUGAACUUUUUGGCGAUCUUGAGAGUCAAAUCUACUGUGCCUUUUCCUGGCAUUAUCCUCCACCUCAUGCCUAGUACUUUGGCAGGCAGAUGGGAGAUGCUAUUGCUUUUAGGGGUAAUUGGGCUCAGCAGACUACUUUAACAAGGCUCCUAAGUGGACCUCAUGAAAUUCAUAGUUAUAUGUGUACAGUUCUUUAAGCUUUUCACAUAUAGUUCUCUUGCUGUUACUUCUAGCUAAAAAACAAACAACAUUUAAAUAUUUUCUUUUGAUGUAAUGCAGUAACCUAUAUUUGGUCAAUUUAUGGUUUGUAACAAUUGUAAUGUUUAACAAAGUGUUUCUGAAAAUUAAUACUGAAAGCCUGGUGGCUUUCAGUACUGUACAACAAACAAAAAUUAUAUUUCAAAUAUAAUUUUUGUUUGUUAUUUUUGAAUGAUUUUUUUGAAGUAUUUGCCAGUGUAUUGUAUUUAAAAAAAGAAAUUUAAGAUGUAAAUUAUUGAUCAUAUUUGAUUUUAUUAUUAUACUCUAAUAUUUAAAUUUAUGCUAAAUGCUUGGCAUUUGCAGCAGCAGUAGAAUCUUGAUUAUCCAAGCUCAACAUGUAAUGUGUAAUUUUUAUUACAGUUCAUAAAAGAUAUAUUUGAGCAUGAUUUAUUAAUAAAUUACAAUAAUUUAGCUCUACAAAAA